AUUUGUCUAGUUUUAUGCUGGAUGGGCUCGAUCGCUCUCUUUGCAAAGGAAUGUAGCCAUAAUGUUGCAGUAGGGAUGGAUGUGUGACAGAGGGGGGAAAAUAACAAGAUGUCGGAAGUACACUUUCUCUUUGACAACCGUGAGGAAGGGGGUCAUCAUCUUUGAGGCCUGCGCUCGCCAGCCCAGCAGAGGAGUACUUGUGUGAGCGCAGUACUUUUGUGACGUGUGAUGGAGGGUUACCCUUCAUAAAGAUUAUGGCUUUCCUGAAUGCUGCAUCUUCCUGUACCACUACUUGAUGAAUGUGUGUCCUACCAACUAGAGAUGACUCUGUAACGCCGUGAUGCCCACUUCUAUCUCCAGCUCUCUGGCAAAACCAACACACCUUGAUUAGAGCAGAUCAGAGCUUGAACGUAACAUCUGCGACAUUUUCUUGAGUUUGCUGCCGGUCCAAUUGAACCGCGGAAGGCCAGCCGUACAUUGUCGACGUUUGCAAGGUUCCGUCAACAUGUUUUCGGCAUUGAAGAAGCUGGUGGGCUCUGAGCCAGGCCAGCAGCUCCGGGAGAAGAACAUCCCUGCCGGCCUGCAGUCCAUGAACCAAAGCUUGCAGAGACGCUUCGCUAAAGGGGUCCAAUAUAAUAUGAAAAUCGUCAUCCGGGGAGAUAGGAACACUGGAAAGAGUACUUUAUGGUAUCGGCUGCAGGGUAAGAAGUUUGUGGAAGAGUACAUUCCCACCCAAGAGAUCCAAGCCACAAGCAUCCAUUGGAAUUACAAAAUGGCUCCAUAUCAAGCUACAGAUGACGUGGUCAAGGUGGAGGUGUGGGACGUGGUAGACAAAGGCCAAAAAUAUCCUGGUGAAGGUGUAGGAAAAGGCAAAAGGCGAGGCGACAAUUUGAAACUGGAGAAUGAGCCGCAGGAGUCAGACGAGGUGGCCCUUGAUGCAGAAUUUCUGGAUGUGUACAAGAACUGCAAUGGAGUCAUCAUGAUGUUUGACAUUACCAAGCAGUGGACAUUUAACUACAUUGUAAGGGAACUUCCCAAAGUACCCAAUCACAUACCGGUAUGUGUGUUGGGAAACCACAGAGACAUGGGUGAGCAUCGUGUCAUCCUGCCUGAUGAUAUAAGGGACCUGAUUGCUGGACUGAACAGGCCGGUGGGAUCAUCUUACAUCCACUAUGCUGAGUCUUCUAUGAAGAACGGCUUUGGCCUGAAAUACCUGCACAGGUUUUUCAACAUUCCCUUCCUGCAGCUUCAGAGAGAAACCCUCCUGAGGCAGCUGGAGACGAACCAGUUGGACAUAGACGCUACCCUGGAAGAGCUAACAGUACAGCAGGAGACAGAAGAUCAAAACUAUGAGAUAUUCCUGGAGCACUUAGAGUGCCGAAGUAAGGGCUAUGGCUCACCUGGUCCAGCCAACGGUCAGAGUCCCUCCUCAGGGUCCCAGUCCCCCAUCGUCCCUCCCAGCGGGGCCUCCACAGGAAGCUCCAGCCCGAGCACACCUCAGCCACCUGUGCCCUCCCAGCCGCCCCCGCAGUCACCUUCCGUGUCGGCUCCCUCAGCUUCGGUUCUCGCCGCAGCCAUCGGUAGAGCUGCCUCGCCGUCAGCUGAUUUCAAGUCAGCCGCUCAGUCACCGGAGCACCUUCAGUCCGCUGCCGCACUGGCAUCAGCCCCCCAGAAACGCGGCUUCAUGUCCCGAUGGUUUGGCUUGUCUCCUGCCCCCGAGUCUUCUGCUAGUGCAUCGGAUGACCCGCCUGCUCCAGCGUGUCCCGCUGUCGUGCAAAGUGUGGACGACUUUGUGCCAGAGGAGAGACUGGACAAAAGUUUCCUGGAGGAUAAUUUGCCGUCAAAGACAAAGAUGUCUCAGCCAGUCACAGCAUUGGACAGCGACAGUGACGGUGAAGACAGAGGAAACCCCAUGGUGUCUGGUUUCCAGGAUGAGCUGGAUCCUGAUGACGCAGAGCCCAGUCUUCCACAAGCUAAGACUCUGUCCCACAGCAAAGACGUCACUCUGUCCAGUGACGAGGAGGAGCAAGCACCAGCUGCACCAACUGUGAAGAAGGACCAGGACCUUGACAGUGAACCUGAACUGAAAGCCCACAUAAGAAAACCAAAAGGACCUAAAGCUUCAGAGCCCAGAGACCAGACUUCAGCACCCAUCUUCCUGACUUUAACUCCAGCAGCGGAGCAGCCGAAGCAGCAAAGCAAAAAGAAGGGAAUGCCACCCAUGGCUGAGGACUCUGACACCGACGCUGACACCCCCAUGGCCCAACAGAUGCUCUCUUUUGUAAUGGAUGACCCCGACUUUGAGUCAGAAGCGUUCGACACACCAAAAAUAGAAAAGAGUACAUUCCCAGUCAGACAUGAACUUCUGUCUGACCUCUCAGACGACGACAUACAGUCAGCAAAGGCGUCAGAACCAGCAAAACCCACUGUGAUCUUGUUCAAACACCAGGAUGAUACCGACCUUUUUGGCCUCGGCAUUCAAGAAGAUCCCCCGGCAACCAAAGAGAGCAGUGAUGAGCAAGAAGAUAAAGAAAGCAAGCACUCCACCAAAGAGAAGAAGAAAAAGAAGAAGAAAAGCAAAGAGGAGGAUGAAAAGAGCAAGAAACACAAACACAAGAAAAAGGACAAAGACGAGGCUGGAGACUGCAAAGAGAAAAAGAAGAAGAAAACAAGGAGCAAGAAAACAGACGUGGACGAGCUGGAAGACUUUCUUGGUGGAGGAUCCAAAUCCGCUACAAGAGAUGAUGGGGAUUAUGAAGAACUAUAAAGUGCUGGGAAAGUGCGAAGAACAGCAAGGAGUGAGGAGAUCACCACCGGGUGCAUAAAGCAGUGUCUCCAAGCCAUACACAAUGCAAUACAACAACCCCAUGUCACAUAGUUGCUCCUUCUGCUCCUCUUCCUCUAACUUCACUUGUGAGGUAACUUCCACUCUAUUUGGUACCAAGCAGCAAAGAGGCAGGAUGUGACUAGAGGCUGAUUGUGGGUGUAGCUGCUUUCACAUGACUGGACAUGACUCGGUGAAUAGUUGAAGUUGGGAUGUCCAAAGUGCGGCCCAGGGGGCAUUUUUGGCCCACAACUCCUUUUUUGUUGGCCCUGUGUCUAUUGUACAAAUAAUAUUGCGUUCAGAUAUUAGUAUAUACAUGUGGUCCUUGGGUUACAAACGAGUUCCUAUACUGUGAUGUAAGGUGAGUCACUCACAGUGUAAGCAGACCUUCGGGCAAGGGGCGGGUUACACCCUGGACUGGUCGCCAGCCAAUCGCACGGCACAUGUAGACCAUUCACACUCACAUUCAUACCUAUGGGCAAUUUAGAGUCGCCAAUUAACCUAACAUGCAUGAUUUUGGACACAUGAAGGACAAACUGUAUAAAAUACAGUCAUAAAAUGAUGAAAUACAAUAAUGAAAGGAAAGACUCACAAAAAGUCCUUACUCUUAUCUCGGUGGUUGUUUUGCAGGCCUUUCUACCUUCUUAAGAUAUUGUCCCAGUCUAGUCUGGAAAGAUCAGCUCCUGUUCUCCUCCCAGAUCUUCUUGUAAUAGCGUACAGAAUCUAUGACCCCUGUAGUAGGAAUGCUCCGAUCAGGGUUUUAUGCUGCCAAUUGCGAUACCGAUCAUCCAGGAGUGAAAUCGGCCAAUACCGAUCACAUGGAUUAAUUAUAAUUUUUUUAUUUAUGAUGAGAGCUGUUGGCCAGGGGUGCUGUUUAAAGGGGAGAAGUCAGGACAAUUCCCACAUCCCUUGACUGCCAGGGGGCCCAAAUAAUACAGUAGGUAAUUACUAAUAAAAUCAGUAAUGAAUUAAUAAGGGGGCAGCGACUUGAUUUUUUUUUUCAUGGGACCCAGAAUUCCUGGCUGCACUCCUGCUACUGGCUAUAUGAUGAAAAAAGGAACCACAAAAUCAAUUUAGACAAAAACAUUUUUGACUUACUUUUUCAAGCGACCAAAUAUCACUUGUAAAAUUUGAUUAGAUGCCUACUUUAAAGAGACUUUGGAUGUGAGAGUACAUUGCUGGAGCUCCAGCAGGACUUCUAAGUAAGUGAGAAAGCACUCGGCGAACCAGUCUCUUCCACCACUGAGAAAGGCUGGUCAUCUCGUCCAGUGAAUUCAGUUAUUUUUUGGGUUAUUUUCUAAGCCUUCUGACUGUCACGCACAUAGAGUGUUGUCCACAUGGCUGCGUUAGCUGCUGUUUGACUGAUGAUCACAUUGUGAGCCUCGAAAACACACCAUACUCCAAGUGUGUUGGCAGUUAAGUUCCACACGACAGACAUCAUUGUUUUUGUUUUGGCACGCCCGGGCAGUGUGAAGCCGAUCACGUUAUUUUUCAUGGAAAUCAGCCGAUCUGAUCGGUGGCUGGAGCAUCCCUGUAGCAUUCAUUAACAUUCAGUCAUCUUUAUCCUUAAUGAUGAUGGGACCAAAGGAGCGGCCAAUAUUGGUAGGCGUCUGCUCUCUGGGAGAUUUUUAUGAUGUUUAUUUUCACUUCUACGAUAAUAGCUUCACUUUUCUUUAGCGCACUGCCAUUUCGUCAGUGUGGCUGUGCAGGCACACACUGCAUUCUUGUGCUGCAACUGGCGUGUAUUUUUUCACCGACGCACACUGUAACUAGUUCUCGCGUGAGUCUUGUGUUUACAGACUUAAAAUUACAUUUUUUGUGAACGAUGGAAUAUCAUUUUCCAUUACAGUAACAUUCUGCGUAUUCUACUGUGUGACCUGGCUCAGGAGGUAGAGUGGUUGUUUCCCAAAGCCAAUGGUUCAAUCCUUAGCCUGCUGGAAUCAUUCAACUUAUUUAUGCAUUUCAACAUUCACUCUGGGUGUUUUUUUUAAUUGUUUACAUGGCAUCUCACUUGUUAUGAUUCCCUUUUAGUGUGGUCCUAAUAAUCCUAGGUAAUGUUUUGAUGCAUGCUGUCUUUACUGUUAUUUUCAAAUAAUAUGCCACAGGCCAAUAAAAAAAAAAUUGCCUCACGCUGCAAAUGGGCCCCGGGCUGCGCUUUGGACACCCAUGCUUGAAACCUUUUGGGAGAUUAGCGCACAGAACACCAUCUUCUGCCUCUUGCCAUUGAGACAGUAUAUAAAUAUAAAGUUUUCCCAUUUGUAAUCAUGCGGUUAUUUAUUGUUUGUGCUUGCUCAAAUGAUGUGAUUGAACCUUACCUUACCCGAAACCUGACCUUAACCCAUUUAAAAGAAUGUAUAAAUGAUACAAGUAAAUGGAUGAUGAGCUUUAUUCCAAAAUGAAAAAUACCGUGUGGAGGAAAUGUUGCAGAAUUUCCAUAAAAUUGUUACAGACUGGAAAAAUAAUAUACAAAACACAAAAAUAAAAUGAUUAUUUCAUUAUUUUGUAGAAAGGACAUGCACUUCAAUGUUUUUGUUUGUUUCCAAUGUGAAUACAUAAUGUUGUGAAAAGAAUCCAGUCAUUUAUUUUCCAUCUUUAUACUGUAUGAGUUUGCCUAUCUUUGGUUUGUCCAAUAAAUGCAAACUUAUUUCUUCAUGAGGUGCAA